AGCAGCGGGGCUCGCUCGGCCUCUUCUCCUCGUGGGAUGGUGCGAGUCUGCGACCUACUCCUGAAGAAGAAGCCGCCGCAGCAGCAACACCACAAGGCCAAGCGUAAUCGGACUUGCCGACCCCCCAGCAGCAGCGAAAGCAGCAGCGACAGCGACAACAGCGGCGGCGGUGGAGGCGGCGGCGGCGGCGGCGGCGGCGGCACCAGCAGCAACAACAGCGAGGAAGAAGAGGACGACGACGACGAGGAAGAAGAGGUUUCUGAGGUACCAUCAGAGGACCAGAAAUUUUGAAGAAGAUAGAAAGUUCACCGGAUCGGAUUGACAGCAAAAUCUCAGAAGGAACGGAACCCAAGAUACCAGAGGUAUUGAAAGUGCAAACUGCAUAAGACCCUAAGACCCAGAUGCACUAUAUUGUACAUCUUCUAAGUAAGUUGGAAUUCUCAAAAAAUCAAGUUAUACAAAUGUGUAUCUUUAAAGU